AUGGACGAUUUACGUUUUCGUUGGUUGAAAGAUGCGAUUUACACAAUAUUGGAUAUCGAUAAGGGCGAUCCAUCUUUUGAAGAUUUCCUGGAAGGUGAUGAUGGUGGUAACGAACUACUAAUCGCAAAAUUUCUUAAUGAAGCAAAAUCCAAUGUCGAUGACGAAAAUGCUUUGAUUUUUCACAAAGAAGUUUUCGAAGAACUGCGCGAAGAACAAGUCGAAAUAACUGAAGAAGAAUGGAUUGAAGAACAGUUAGCACUCAAUCCAGAUUUUGAUCCAAAUGCCGAAGCUGGUAUGAAUAAUGGCACAGAUGAUCAACAAAAUGAUGCUUCAUCAAAUCAUCCAGCAGGACAAAAUGGCACAACAGAAAAAGUUGACCAAACAGGGGAUGGAACCAAUGGCGAAGGUGAAAACAUGGAUGAACUGCCACCAAAACCAAAACGAUACCGAAAUGAACUUGUCAAAUACCUUCGAACGAUACUUUAUCUAUGCCGCGAUAGUUACCCAUCGAAUUUAAGUCAAAAGAGUUGCAUCUAUUUCCUACGCACCACACCAGGAACAAUUCCUGCACCAUCGUCAACCGAAGAUGCUGAUAAAAUUAUGGUUAAAUAUCUUGAUUAUGGUCUACUCAAUGGACAUACACUCUAUUUACUGGCUAAUAUACUGAAUAAAGUAAGUACUAGCACACGUAUGGCUCGAGUUACUGCAGUAGAGGUUUACAAUCCAAUUCUAACGUAUCAAAGUGAAGAACCAGAACCGGUCGAUGAGGAAGAACCUGUGGAUGAACAAGAGCCACAACAGAAAAGUAAACCAUCGGCGGAAAAACAAACGGAAGAACAUGAAAAACAGAUGCGAGCUGAACAGCGACGUAAACGUGAACUGGAAGCGCGAACAAUAUUACGUGAUGAAUUUCUAAUACAAUUACAAAAGUUUCUCAAUCAAAUCGGCUUAACACUUCGUCAACUUGAAGGCGAAGUACGUCUCGAACUUCCGCCACACUUCGAUACUAAUAAAAUCGUCAAAUCAAAUAAAGAUAUGGUUGAACAAGCCGAAAAUCUUGUAUAUAAAUGGAAUGGUGAAAUUCGUGAAGCACUUGAACGUGAACUGAAGAAAACACCACAAACGCCUGGUCCACUCGGUGAAAUCGAUUGGUGGCGUGAGCGGAACAUUUCUCUCAGUAGUUUAUACGAACAAACUAAACAAGAACAUGUAGAAAAAGUGUUAGAAAAACUUGAUACAGCAGAAAACGCUGCGCCUUCAUCAUUUCGUGAUACUCGUACCGAUUUAGCCAAAUACUAUUUUGAAGCUAAAGACAACGUCAAAUUUCUUUCGACACUUGAACGUCAUUUCAAAAAUGUUACUCACGGUGCCACGUUUCGUGUUGUUACUGAAACUAUACCGAAAAUGAUGAGUGCCUUACGUAUGGUUUGGAUAAUCUCGCGACAUUAUAAUCGCGAUGAACGAAUGAUACCGUUGAUGGAACGUAUCGCCCAUCAGUUAUGUGAACGUGUGGCACGUUCAAUCAAUGUUCGAACAUUGUUCAGCUAUCAACCAAGCGAGAUUAUCGAGAAAUGCAAAGAAGCAAAAGAAAUGCUGGAUCAAUGGAAACAAUGUUAUUCAGAUGUCCGAGCCGAAAUUGAACAGUCGGGACGUGAUUCUCGAUGGGAAUUCGAUCAUAAACGAUUGUUCAAAGCGACUGAUCAUAUGUCACAUAUCUGCAAUGAUUUUAUUGCUAUUGCCAAAGAACUCGAAGAAUUUUAUAACAUCUUUACACCAGAAUUAAAAUCUGUCACAGGAAAACCACAGAAAAUCAAUGAAAUUCUCGAUCGUGUACAUAAAGUCUUGGAAUUGAUCGAACAUGCUCCCUGCGAUCCAUUUCGCAUCGAAGAUCUCGAAAAAUGGAAAAUGGUUCAUGCCAACUACGCUCAACAGAUCGAAGAAAUCGAUGAACAAACCAAAGCUUUCACCUCCGAUUCAUUCAAAAACCUCCGCUCGGCAGAAAGCGCUUUCGAGAUGUUGCUGAAAUUCGAGAAAAACAAUACUCGAUUAACAAUGCAAGACGAAAUGAACAAACGUUUCAACGAUAUUCUCCGACAAUACGAUAAUGAAAUCACAGAGAUCAAUAAUAUCUUCCAACAUAAUAAAAAUAACCCUCCAAUGAAUAAAAAUCAACCUCCGUAUUCUGGUGCUAUUGCGUGGAGUCGGUCAUUAUUUCGACGUAUCAAACACACAAUGUUACGUUUACAUACGAAAGAAACGUUAAUGCAAACAGAAUUUGGCAAACAAAUAAAAAGUUAUUAUCUUCGAGUAGCAAAAGAAAUGAAAGCAUUUGAAGAUGCAAAGUUCACUGAAUGGAGAGCACGCACCGAACAGAUUCUUCCAACAUUACAAAAACGGAAUAUUCUCAAAGAACUGCCACUUGCAGAAAAUCAAAAUCCAUAUACACCUCGAUACAUAAUCGAUUACGAUCCACAAUUGAAUGAAAUGACAACAGAAGCAAGAUACUUAGAACAAUUUGAUUAUGUUUUACCAGAAACUAUCCGACAUUUGGCGUUGAACGAAGAGCGAUUAAAACAAAUUUCAACUCAAUUGAAAAUCGUUCUUAAACAUUAUAAUCGUGUCAUCGACUCACUCGAACCACAUGAACAAUCGCUCCUCGAAGAUCAUCUACGAUUAUUGAAACGAAAUAUGCAAACAGGAACUCAACGAUUACCAUGGACAUCGACUAAUCACGAAAAAUUCAUCACUGUAACAUCCGAGAUGAUCUCAAAACUCGACUCAACAAUCAAUCAAGUGAAGAAGAACGCUCAAGACGUUCAAAUUUUUCUCGAUGAAAUUCGUCAUUGCAAUCUUUUCCGAGAGCCUCCACUCAAUCCCGAUGGUUCACUGAUCCAGUGUCGAGAAUAUUUCGAAUUCGUCGAAUUUCAUCGCCGACGGGAUGCACUUGAAUUACAGAAAAAGUACAAACUGAUUGGCCCAUUAAUUACAAAAGUCGAAGGACUCGUAUUCAAUACGAACACAUCUCAAUCACCAAAAAUGGUUGCUUAUUAUGCCUAUUGGGAAAGACAAAUACUUGCCGCAUUAACUCAACUCGUCACUGAGAAUCUGAAAACGUUACGUGAAACUUUGGAACACGGAACGAAACCUUUGUUCCAAGUUGACGCUUUACUUGUUGUACCAACUGUAGCUAUGCAACCAAAUCAAAAUGAGAUCAUCAAAUUGUUUCGGCAGACAAUGCGCGAUUGUGUUGAUGUGUAA